GUUUCGUCCGUAUGUCCUCAAGCUCCUCCGAAGUGUCGAAGGACCUUUAAAUCGUCAAGCUUGCAACACAGGAAACAACAAAACUUCGUUUCACAAGGCAACAAUUUCUUACUAGUCUCCUACUCGGGAGACUUAAUCGAGUUUGACGAUGCCCCUGAACAACGAGCGUCCGUCUUCCGGCUCCAGCGGCGACGAGCAGGGCAGCGACGGCGAGUCGUCGUCGGGGCGCUGCGACAGCACCGCCUCGGCCAGCGACACCAACUCCUCGCGCGAGAGCUUCACCAGCGAUGGCUGCAGUAAGCACUGCUCACCCUCCUCGAGCCCUCCCAAGACGCUCACCCUGGACCAGGUAAUGGGCUCCGCCAGAGACCUCUCCAACCUCAGCUUGUUCCACGAGAUAGUCGUCAACCGCAACUUCCACCUGGAGCCCAACACCUUGCCCGAGGACAGUUUAUGGAAGAUGGUCCGCGACAACGUCCACAAGGCAUUCUGGGACAUCCUCGAGACAGAGUUGAAUGAUGACCCGCCCGAGUACCAGCAGGCCAUCAAGCUGCUGGAGGAAAUCCGAGAGAUUUUGCUAUCCUUCCUCAACCCUGGCGCCAACCGCAUGCGGACACAAAUCCUGGAGGUUCUGGACAUGGACCUGAUCAGGCAGCAGGUGGACAACGACGCCGUGGACAUCGCGGGCCUCGCUUCGUACAUUAUCGGCGUCAUGGGGAAGCUGUGCGCGCCCAUCCGCGACCAGGAGAUCAAGAAGCUAAAGGAGAGCACGGACAACAUUGUGACCAUCUUCAGGGAGAUGUUCCGCGUGAUCGACCUGAUGAAGGCCGACUUUGUGAACCUGACCAUCAACAACCUGCGGCCCGUCAUGCAGAAGCAAAGCGUGGAAUACGAGAGGGCGACCUUCCAGAGCAUCCUGGACAAGACCCCCGGUGCUUUGGACAACACCGCCGCUUGGAUCAAAAGGACUUUUGAGGAGCUUCUGUCCACCAUGCCCAGCAACUGGGGAAAAGGACAACCGUGCUUGCCUGGACCCUUCCAAGUCCUCAAUGCGGCUUUCCUACACAUCCUCAUGUGGGACUACACUAAGCACACACUCCCAGAGACGUGGAUGACGGACGAGGCUCGCCUGCGAGAGGUUCAGUCGCAGCUGAAGCGCUGGCAAGCGGUCAACGAGGUUCUGCUCAUCGUCCACAGCACUGUCGGCGGGGCCGUCCAAGGCGUGGCGGUCCUGUCCGAGCGCCUCAAGAGGAUGACGGCUGUGCUGCUCGACCACAUGCAUAACCCGACUUUUAACCUGCAGGAGGCGCUAGUGGGCGUCAGCGCUCAGAUCUGCAGCGAGUUGAACAAGUCUCUAGCGGAGAGAGGCUACCCCACGCUUAGCCCCGCGCUGCAGGCGACCCUCACUGGCCAAAUCUGCGGCAUCGCCCACAAGGACAACCCCGUCCGGACUCUCGUCGAGGACCGUGUGCAGCACUACUUCAUGGUGCUCAUUUGCGAUCCCAAACCUCAAGCCAAACUGGAGCAAACGCCCGCCGGCCUCUCCGCCAUUCACUCUGAGUUGGUCUCGCUGGCCACCAGGUUCCUCUCUCUGGUCAACUACAACAAGGCGGUGUAUGGACCUUUUUACGCCGACAUCAUCAGGAAGUUGAUGUUCGCCAACAGCCCGUCGGCGCCAUCGGCGCCGUCUUCGCUUCCUAAGGACACCGUUGCCUCCGAAUGAACUUACGACCUCUGUUUUUGUUCUUUUACAAGGGAGCUGACUUUGUCAGUGAAGCGUUUACUUACAGGACAGUGUUUCCCAACAGACAAGGCACAUGUUAAGUAUAAAAUUGUUCCCCGAAGUAAGGAAAUUAUAGUUUGACAAUUAUGAAUUACUAGCACAGAUAGAUGAACAAAAUAUUUGUUGGAAAAGAUUUUCGAUUGCUAUAUUUAGCAGAGUAGCAACACAGGUGUAUAUAUAUAACACAUCACGACUGUUUAGGUUUUCGAUAUAUAUCAUACGACAAACCUCUUCGCCGCUUAAAGAAGGUAUUAAAAAUAUUAGGGAUUUUUUUUUGUAUAUUUGUUUUAUGCACGAGUGCAUUUUUGUGUUCAUCAUUUUUGCUUGUGUAACUAGGAUAAUUUUCCAGUUUGUGUGAUAGAUCAAUUUAUUAGUUUUGUGUGAUUGGUGAUGUUUGUUACAUGGCUCGGUACUGUGGCCCUUUAUCGUAUCCCUGCAUCGGCUUGAUCGAACCUGCGUGGACACACAGACACAAAAGGUUCUGAGCUCCAGAGGGAUUCUUAUCCAGUGUGGAUCCAAAGAUGCACAGAACAAAAACAGCAAUUAUUAUCUUAACUGAAGUUUACGUGAAAAAAAAGUGCUGUUUUCUUCUGUACGACACUUCAUUUAAUAAAAGUAAAAAUGAUACUAAAAUGA